CCGCGCAUGCGCGGAAGCACACUGCUACUUAAAGCGUUUCCUGUUUGAUGCUUCUCUUUGGCAAAGAUGGCAGAACUGAAAGAAGUGAAAACUCUGACGUGUGGAGUGAUCACAACGUUCCUGUUAAGUUCCGCUGUUUUUGCGUUUGUGGAGGACCUCGAUGACACAUUCAAAGACAACCGAAUGAACGAUGUUUGGCUAGUGGAUUUUUAUGCUCCAUGGUGUGGAUACUGUAAAAAGCUGGAACCGAUCUGGCAUGAGGUUGGAGCUGAGCUUAAAAACUCUGGAUCACCAGUACGAGUAGGAAAAAUGGAUGCCACUGCAUACUCUGGCAUGGCGUCUGAAUUUGGAGUGCGAGGAUAUCCCACAAUAAAACUACUAAAGGCUGAACUUGCUUACAAUUAUAAAGGACCAAGGACCAAAGAUGACAUCAUCGAGUUUGCUAUCAGAGUGGCUGGGCCCUCUGUGCGGUCACUCCCAAGCAGGCAGAUGUUUGAGCAUGUCUUGAAGAGGCACACUGUCCUAUUCUUAUAUAUUGGGGGAGAGUCACCACUCAAGGAGAAGUACAUAGAUGUGGCUUCUGAACUUAUUGUUUACACCUACUUUUUUUCUGGCUCUGAGGACAUCAUACCUGAGCAGUAUGUGACAUUGUCUGAACUACCGGCUGUGGUUGUGUUCAAGGAUGGGACCUAUUUCACUUAUGAUGAGUAUGAAGAUGGCAGCUUGUCUUCGUGGGUGAACAGGGAACGUUUCCAAAAUUACCUGCAGAUCGACGGGUUCACACUGUAUGAGCUAGGAGAGACCGGUAAAUUGGUAGCGAUUGCCAUCAUUGAUGAAAAGGUUUCAGCAGAGGAAAGCUUGAGGUUAAAGAGUCUUAUACAGAGACUUUCUACUGAGUACAGGGACAAAUUCUACAGGGAUUUUCAGUUUGGCCAUAUGGAUGGAAAUGAUUACAUCAACAGCCUUAUCAUGGGUGAGGUAGCAGUGCCAUCUGUCAUUGUUCUCAACACAUCUAAUGAGCAGUACUUCCUGCCUAGCGAACCCAUUGAGAGUGUGGAGCAACUAAUCACUUUCAUCAAGAGUGUCCUGGAUGGCACAAUUCCGGCUUACGGAGGGGAUGGAUUUUUACAGAGACUCAAGCGUGUGGCCUAUGAUGCUAGAUCCACUAUCAUGUCUGUUUUCCGCAGUUCUCCAGUGCUGGCCUGUUUUCUCUUUGGCCUGCCAUUAGGUGUCAUUAGCCUUAUGUGCUAUGGCAUAUGCACAGCAGAGUCAGAUGACGACCCAGAGAUGAUAAAGCGAGAAGGACAGACAGAUGAGGAGGAUGAAGAUGAGGAAGAAGAUAUGCAACAGCAUCUGGCUGCACAGCUCAAGGAAACCGGAGAGGGUGAUGAGGGAGAAGAAGGGCUAGAGGAAAAGAGUUCAGCAGAAAAAAAGCUUGAUUAACACAGGGGAGAUGUGUGGAUAAAAGGAAGGAUGAUGACAGCAAUGCAGACAUUAAACAUUUAUCCAAUUUCAGAUUUCUUUAAUCACUGGCCUGAACACUGUCUUUCUACUGUAGGGUUUAAAAGGUGAGUUUUGAUUUUUAUAUAUAUAUAUAUAUAUAUAUAUAUAUAUAUAUAUAUAUAUAUAUAUAUAUAUAUAUAUAUAUAUAUAUAUAAAAUCUAAGUGAAUAGAACCAUGAAGUCAGUAUAUGUACAACACCCACUUCCAAAAAAGAUGGGAUGGCAGGUUAAAUUGUAAAUAAAACAUAUAAUGCAAUGAUUUGCAAAUCUCAUCCAAUCUUACAGAACCAUAUUUUAUUCACAAUAGAAUGUAAAAACAAUAUCAAAUGUUUAAACUGGGCAAAUGUGCCAUUUUUAGGGAAAUUAAGUAAUUUGGAAUGUGAUGGGUGCAACACGUCAUUAAAAAGCUGGAAAAGUAAGUGUUACUAAAAUAAUAGGGCUAUAAAAAAAACUUGGUUUUAUCGACAACAGGUCAGUAACGUGAUUGAUUUUAAAGUGCAUCUUGACGAAGCAGCGCCUAUCAGGUUCACUAAACUCGAAAAACUGCAUCUGUUGCCAUGUCAUUCACAAACACAGGUUAAAGCUCUUAUCAUUUAAAGAAGGAUACAUAUGUGAACAUAAUCAUUUAAAAUUGACCAAGGCAAUGUUUAAAACUGUUCUGCGUCAGAUGAAUUAAAAGUUAAAAUUAUUUUUGGAAAUCAUGGAUGCUCUGUACUCCACCUGGACAAAGGGAGCAUCAGGGAUCAUUAGUGCUCAGUCCAAAUGCAUGCAUGUCUGACGGUAUGGCGAUGCAUUAGAGCCUAUUAGGCAGCUUGCACAAAGGCAGAAUGAUGUAAGGUUUUUAUACAGGUUAUAGAGCAACAUAUGCUUCCAUCCAGAUAAUUUGUUUUUCAUGCAAGGCCUUGCAUAUAUUAGGAAGGCAAUGCUAACCCACAUACUGCAUCUGUUACAACAGCAUGGCUUUGUAGUACAAAAGAAUUGGCAUGUCUGCUGUCCAGAUCUCUCAGCAUUUAAAAACAUUUGGCACGUCACAAAACAAAAAGAAUGAUAUAAAAAAAACCAGGGCUGUCAAGAAGUUAGAAUCAUGUAGCAGAUACAAAUAGGACAAUGUUCAUCUCGCAAAACUCCAGCAAUUAGUCUACUUUUUCUAUUUUUUUAUUUUGUUUUUGUUUUUAAAGGAGAUGCUAUACAAUAGUAAACAUCGCCCUGUAACAACUUUUUUUGGGACGUGCCCACACCUAAAAUGGUGCAUUUUGUCAGUUUAAACAUUUGAUAUGUUUUUCUUCUAUUGGGCUAAGACAUAGGUUUAUUAGCUUUGCAAAUUAUUGCAUUCUGUUUUUAUUUACAGUUUACUUUAACAACCAUAAUUCCCAAAAAGUUGGGAUUUUAUGUAGAUUUAUUACCCUGAGAUUCAUGUUAAUGGCAAAUAGCUUUCUGUUUUAUGUGCUACAGGGCAUACUGUUUAGCUUUAUUGUUCAGUGCACUUUUUUUUUUCCUUCAUCUACUGUGCAAUUUUUUUUUUCUUGCUUCCGGUUUGGUAAUAGCUUUGUUAAAUGUAGAUAUUAGCCAUGUUUUUCUAUGAUCUAGCUAUUUUAUGCUUUAAAUCAGGAAAAUUAAAUUUGAAUACAAAAUGACUCGUGCCUCAUGAUAUUAGAGGUUUCGAAUGCAGUGCAACUUCCCUGCUAAAACUGCAGAAAGUAGUAAUAUUAAAAAGCCAUAAAGGCAUUAUUAAAAAUUAUUAUUGACAGGUUUGUAAAUGCAUGUAUUUAUCAUCAGCGUGUGUGUGUGUGUGAGUGAGAAUGAUCAAGAUAUACAAAAUAUGACUGAGCCUUUACUUCCAGACAUGACCAUUUCCACCAUGCAAGAAAAACAUCUUUAAAUUUAGUUUUGAAUCUGGGAUUAUCAUUUACUCAGUUAGCGAAUCUAGACGUAAUUAGACAAAACUAUGCUAUGCUUAUUUUACGUCAACAUUGUUAGUAAAUUACUCCUUUUGCAAUUCUUUGAACAAGUUAAUUGCACUGCUCAUAUGAAAGGCUAUGGUUUUGACAAUAGUUAUUGCUUUUUUGUGGCCUCUUAAAAAAAAAAAUAAUAAAUGAAGGUGUCUUCACAACAUAUAAUCAAGAUACAUUUUUAUUAGUGUUUAAUAUCGGAUUUUCUUGCUUGUGUAUAUAUUUUUUACUGUCUUAGAAAUGAAAACUGUCUGUUCUGAACUACUUCUGAACUUAUUCAAUGUCCGUGCACUGCAUUUAAGAUUUUUCUGUAUGCACUGUAAUUCAGCUACUUCCUGCUAAAAAUUAAAGACUUAAAGCUAAACCCA